UGUAAUUAUAAAACUACAUGCAAAUGUCCUGCGAAACAUCCAUCUGGUACAUUCUGCAGUGGUGAAAUUGGGUGUAAUAAAAAUAAUGCUUACGAGUGUCCUAUACCUGGCUUCACAACAUGUGAAUACGGACCUCGUGAUUCUUGUAAGUUGUGUGGGAAAUUGGUUUGUACAUCUCAACCACCACUAUCUACACCAAAGCCACUAUCCACAACUAUAUGUAAACCUGCUUGUAUUAAACCUAACUCUUGUGUUAAUGCAAAAUGUGUAUGUCAAUCAUCGAAUUGUCCAAAAGGACAAACGUGUGAUAGUAAAAGAACAUGCGCUGUAUCACAAAUACCUGUAAAUAAUUCACCAAAACCAAAAUGUAGUGAUACAAAGACUCGAAAUAUUGUAGAACAAGUUUGUGAAGCUAUUUCUUCAUCGGCAAAACCUAUUUCUUCUAUAGGUAAUUUGCCAUUAGAUGCUCUAGAAGCUUUUGGUGCUUGUGAAGAAAUAAUAGCAGGUGUUUCUGCUGCUGCAAUAUUAACAGGUAUAGGGGCUUUAGCUACUUUUGGUGGAGGUCAAGCCGUGUGUAUAGCAAUAGCAGAAGCAGUAAUUGUUGUUGAUUUAGAAAGUGCAUUAUGUAGCACUACUUGGCAAAAAUUUUGUCAAAUUUAA